AUGGAAGACUAAUUCUCUGAAGAUUAUCAUCUAUCUCUUCAGUAAGGUUUAAUUAUCUCUAUCUUUAAGCAUCUGCUAGGCUCUCAGAUAGAUUUUAAGAUAAAUUUAAGCCUUAAUCAAUCUUACUUGAUUAAAAUCCUGUCCCAAACAAAAAUACAGAGUCAUCUCAAAUUUAAGCAUGGGAAUCAAUCUCAGAUACACCAGUUAAAGAAUCUAUUUAAUAAUAAUCAAAUAAUGGUCUCAAUUUACGAAAUUCAUAAGUUAUGCAAGUAAUCCAUAAUUUUUUACUAGAAUCGAACAAUAACUCAAGUUCCUACAAUCAAAAGAAUUAAAUAAAUCAUAAAUAGAAACAAACUAUUAUUAGAAGUCAAAGAUAAGCUUAUGCGAAUAGGUUAUAUUUAUCCUAAAAACUAAAAAACCAAUCUGAUUAAUUUUCUUAAAGAAACUUAUUUAGGAGAUUCAAAUUAAGAUUAAAUUAGAAAAUAAGUUUUUUUUGAACCAAUUAAAAUUAAGCUUCCAACCUUCAGUCCAACCAGCAAAUUUAUAUUAAUUUGGCAAAUUUUUAGAAUUAUUUAAAUUAUGUUUUUGUUAUGGUGGGUUCCAUUUAAAAUGGCUUUCAACCCUGAAGGUUCUACUGAUAUUAAGAAUAUCGAACAAACCUUGGUUUACUUUAUGAUUUUUGAUUUAAUUAUUAAAUUAAAUGUUGGUAUUAUCGAUCAAGGCUAAAUUAUGAAGGAUCGCCUUUUCAUCCUUCUUUAUUAUAUCAAAUAUGAAUUGUACGAAGAUAUCAUUUACAUAAUUACUUUAAUAAUUAUUAUAAGAGAGUAAACUAUUGAUACAUAUCUAAUCAAAGAAAUCAUUGUUCUAACUUAAUUCUCACUUAACUUCUUUAAAUUAAAAAAGAAAAUAAAAACUUAUGAAGAAACACUAACAACUUAAUCUACUCUUAUUGAACUUGCAAAUUUAUCCUAAUUAAUUAUUGUUAUAUUUUAUUUUGCCCAUUUUAUGGCUUGUGUUUGGUACUAUGUUGGUAUUUAAAGUCUGGAUUUAUUUGAGGAAUCUUGGAUAAUUAAAUAUGAAUUAAUUAAUGCUCCAAUAUCUUAUUGUUAUGGAUAUUCAUUUUAUUGGGCUACAGCUACUAUGGUCACAGUAGGUUAUGGAGAUGUUACAGGAUAAAAUAUUUAUGAAGUUUUUUGUUCAAUUAUAUUGAUGUUUUUAGCUAGUGGAAUAUUUGCAUUUUCUAUAAAUUCUAUUGGUUAGAUAUUUACUAAUAUCGAUACAUAAUAAUAAGUAUACAAAAGAACACUUCUGUUAAUUAAUCAUUAUAUGUAAUUUAAUGAAGUUUAAUUAUCAUUGUAGAGCAGAAUAAGAAAUUAUAUUAAAUAUUUCUUUGAAUAAGAAAAUAAAGGAAGUAAAAAUGAAAUUGAUAUUGUUUUAAAUUAAUUAUCAAAUAAUUUAAGACAAGAACUAUUAUAAGAUGUUCAAUUAAGAGUCUUAAAAUAAGCUGAUUUUUUUAUUAAGAAUUUUUCUUAAUCAACAAUAAGAUUAGUUGCUGAUCAUGUUAAAUUUUAGUAAUGCACACCAAAAGAAUUGAUUUAUAAAUAAUAGAAUAAUGAUGAUAAAUCAAUAUAUAUUAUUUAAAAGGGGGAAAUUUAAUUGAUUGAUGAUAAUUCAGGGAAGAUUUUGAAAAUAUUUACAAAAGGAUAAACUUUUGGAGAAAUAGAAUUUUUAUCAUUAUAAACAAGAUUUUGCAGUGCAUAUAGUGUUACAUUUACUUAACUUUAUAAAAUUUCUAGAGAAGAUUUUUUAAACUUAAUUAAAGAUAAUGCAAUAGACUAUUAGAAAUUUCAACAAAUGAAAGAUUAAGUGUAGUUAAAAUAUCAAAAUGACUAAUUUAAAUGUUAUGCAUGUGAUUAAAACCAUCUUAUUUGGGAUUGUCACUUUCUAUUUUAUAAACCAAAUAUUGAAGCUUUAGUAAAGAAAUCUUUAUUUCAUUCUGAAUAAGAAAGAGCAAAUUUUCGAAGAUCUGAAAAAAGAUUUUUUAAUAUUUUACGCAAAAGUUUAGAUAAUGAAGAUUCAAUUGAAUAAACAUAGAAAAUUGGUUCCCUUCCAUCCGAGACUUCUUCAGAGAAUUCUUCAUAAGAUAGCCAUAAAAAUCAUACAAUAGAAGUAGAAUAAUCAAAAGUUAGAGAUUCUCUUUAAAAAUUAGGUUAACAUUAAUCAAGAAAAAGCUCAGCAUAAAGUAAAUAAGGAUAAGUAAUCAUAGAAGAUCUCAAUUUAAACCAAAAUAAAAGAUAAUCAAAUCGUUUAAGUGUUAGAUACUCUGAUAAUGAUAUUCCAAUGACAUCAAAAAGAAAAUCAAUAUAAUCAAUUUACCCUAUGGAUGCUAAAAAUUCUAUAUCUGGUUUAUAAUUAGCUCCAAUAAAAGAGGAUGUAAGAAAAGAAAAUAAAGAUUUAUUUAAUUAUAAUUUAAAAAGCUUUCAUUAAUUAGAUGAAAUAAUAGAUAACAAAUAUUAUGAUGAUGAGAUUGAUUCUGUAUUUUCGUUUUAAUACUACUUUCCUUAGAAUAAUGUAGAAAUAGUUUUAUAAGAGCAUCAAAGAUUUUAAAAACUAUUUAGAUCUAAAAAAAUCAAAGUUCUAAAAAGUAAAUAUAUGUUCCACAAAAUUUCUAAAACAUAAAAAUAAAAAUAAAAUAAGCAAAAAAAAGAUUAAACAUCAGCUAAUUCAAUAAUAAUAAGAGAAAAUAUAUGA